AGAGAGAUGAGAAACAGUCUUUGUCACACAGAAACUCCAGAUAUGGAAUCUUUAGUUUACGAAGAACAUUUAACUGUUCUGAAAGAUUUCAUUAACUCAGGGCUGACAUAUAUAGGGGAUGUUGCAUUUGAAACUGAAAUUAAGGAGGACAUGGGUGACAUUGAAAAUGGAAGAAUGAGAUGUUUCAUCUUGGCAGAUCAUAAGCACCUUGAAAGGUCUUAUGCCAAUGAUAGAGAUAUUAAUCAAAAGUUAGACAAUAUUGUUAAAGAAAUACACAGGCUCUCACAGAAGGAUCAAGAGUUGACACUGAUGGUUUUUUUCUCAAAAGUGAAAGAUGACGAGAAAAAUCUCCUCUAUUCAUCGUUUGCGGACAUUUGUAUGCAGCUUGUAGAAAAACAUGCACCAGAAAUUGUUGGAGACAUGGAUCCAAAUAUGAAAGAGCUUAUCAUCCAUUCAAUCUUUCUGACCUGGAAGAUCUUGAACAAUCCUUAUGAAGGAAUGCGGGUUUUAGGCGCAAAAAGAGCGUGUCUGGAGAUAAAACUUCGCUUUGACAAUGCCGUUAGGAUGUGGAAGUUCAUCAAAACAUAUUUGUCGGGGACUCUUGACUCUUUUUUUGAAGUGGUCCAAGAACUCUUAAGAACAAGAGAAGAAUUAAAUAACCAUUGA